AUGACGACUGCCGAAUCUCCUUCUGCUCCUGGUGCUCCUGAAGAAUCUCUGCUCAGUAUGGACCGACGAGCGAUGGAGGCGGAGCGUCUGGCCCGACGCCAAAAGCAACUGGGCCAACAGCAGCAGAAGCAGGACCAGCCACACAUUAACACGGCCGAGGUGCAGCAAGGGAGUGUGACAGCGAAACGAAAAGCUGAAAGCGGGGUAGUGGUGAUUGACGACGGCUCAGAUGAUGAUGACCAGGGACCGCCAGCGAGAAGACGGAAGCUGGGGAGCAGUGUUGCUGCGUCUGCAGCCCCAGCUGCGGCAGAUGAGCGACUGCGCUUCCCCGAGGGCGUUGUUAAGAAAACGUGGAUCCGGGGGCAGCCGCGAGGCGACGAUGACAUUACCAUCGACGAGGUCUGGCAGAAGAGCGGGCUGGAGCUGGCUGUUCUGAGCUCGUUCCAAUGGGACGAGGAGUGGAUGAUGCAGCAUGUCGACGUGCGCAAGACAAAGCUGCUGCUGAUCGCCUAUGCGGCAGACGAAAACCAGAAAGUCGAGAUGCGCGAGAAUGUGCCAAACAGCAAUGUCCGGUUCUGCUUCCCACCGAUGCUUUCCGUGGGUGCCAUGCAUUCCAAGCUCCAGCUGCUCAAGUAUGCCGAUUACCUGCGCAUCGUUGUGCCGACGGGCAACCUGGUGCCAUACGACUGGGGCGAGUCGGGCACUAUUGAGAAUAUGGUGUUUAUCAUCGACCUUCCACGGCUCCCCGCGCAAGCCGGCCGAAUCUCUGGAAAGACUCCUUUCCUUGAUGACCUGUCGUACUUUCUCAAGGCCCAGGCGGUGGAUCAGUCUCUCGUGCAGAGCCUUGACAACUAUGACUUUUCGGCAACAGCACGCUACGCUUUCGUGCACACCAUAUCUGGGUCACACGCAAAGGACUCCUGGGAGCGCACGGGCUACUGCGGUCUGGGUAGAGCGAUCAAGUCGCUAGGCUGGGCAACAGAAGAACCGCUGCAGCUAGACUACUUGUGUUCAUCUAUCGGAUCUUUGGGUGACGAUCUCCUGAAUGCGCUGUACUAUGCAUGUCAAGGAGACACGGGGAUGAAGGAGUACGAAGCCAGGGCAAAUAAGCCGAAAAAGGGCGUGCUAGCGUCGUCUUCAGAACCGGACUGGAAAAGUAGGAUGCGGGUGUACUUCCCGUCUCACCAGACAGUGGUUCGGAGCCGAGGGGGGAUACGUGGUGCGGGAACGAUUUGCUUCCGGAGAAACUGGUGGGAGUCGGCCAAGUUUCCUCGAAAGAUAUUGAGAGACUACCAGAAUGUCAAGAAAGGCACUCUGGCGCAUACUAAGCUUCUAUUUGUGCGGCGGGAAGCCAGCUCUGCGCAAGCAUGGACGUACCUGGGAAGUGCUAAUCUGUCAGAGAGCGCAUGGGGACGCCUGGUGAAGGACAGGGCAACAAAGGAGCCCAGGCUGACAUGUCGCAACUGGGAAUGCGGAGUUCUGAUUCCUGCGGUACCUCGGCCUGAGGCAGAACGGCGGGCAAAUGUGCCUAGAGAAGGUGCUGGUAUGCUGGGUGAAUUCGACAAAAGCGUACCUGUGCCAAUGGUUCUGCCGGGUACAGAAUACGGCGGCAAGAUGGGUGGUGGAAACUGGCCGUGGUUUUUCACAGAGGUACGGCGGGGGUAUCGGCAGCAGCGAGUGCGCGAACUGGCCAGCAUUGCGGACGACGGACGGACAUCAUUCGACGUGGUGGUUGUUGGCGGAGGGCACGCAGGAGCAGAGGCAUGUGCAGCAGCAGCACGGGCAGGGGCACGGACAGCACUGAUCACACCGAAGCUGGACAACCUGGGAGUGUGUUCGUGCAAUCCGAGUUUUGGGGGAAUUGGGAAGGGGAUCAUCCUGCGGGAGAUUGACGCUCUGGACGGACUGGUGGGACGGGUGGUGGACCAGGCGGGCGUACAGUUCCGGGUUCUGAACCGGAGCAAGGGUCCGGCAGUAUGGGGGCCACGGGCGCAGAUCGACCGGGGACUGUACAAGCAGCACAUGCGGGAGAUGCUGGAAGGGUACCCGAACCUGUCGAUUCUGGAGGGCAGCGUGUCGGACAUUGUGGUGGCAGAAGCGAGGGGAGACGAGUGGAGGAUGGGGGGAGUGGAGGAGAAUGGGUAUGAGAAGCAGCAGGCGAGCAGGCGGAUAACAGGAGUGCGGCUGGAGACGGGCGAGGUGGUGCGGACAGGACGAGUGGUGAUCACGACAGGGACAUUUCUAGGGGGGGAAAUCCACAUCGGGAUGGAGACGCGACCGGCAGGACGGAUGGGCGAGGCGCCGACAUACGGGCUGAGCCGGUCGCUGCGAGAGGCCGGGUUUGCGCUGGGACGGCUGAAGACGGGCACGCCGCCGCGGCUGGACAGACGGACGAUCGACUACGGGGCGUUGGAGGCGCAGAGGGGUGACGAGCCGGCGGUGCCGUUCAGCUACAUGGACUCGACGGUAGCGGUGAGCAGUAGGGAAGGCGGACAGCUGUUGUGCCACGCGACAUACACGAACGCGGCGACACACGCGAUUGUGCGGGCGAACCUGGACAAGACGGUGCACAUCCGGGAGUCGGUCAAGGGGCCGCGCUACUGCCCAUCGCUGGAGUCCAAGGUGCAGCGAUUUGGGCACAAGGAGCGGCACAUUGUAUGGCUGGAGCCGGAGGGAUUCGGUAGCGACGUGGUGUACCCGAACGGGCUAUCGAUGACGGUGCCGGCGACGGCCCAAGAGCAGCUGCUGCGGACGAUUGGCGGGCUGGAACGCGUGACGAUGCUGCAGCCAGGCUACGGGGUUGAAUACGACUACGUGGACCCGCGCGGGCUGCGGGCGACGCUGGAGACGAAGGCGAUUGCAGGUCUGUAUCUGGCGGGCCAGAUCAACGGCACGACCGGCUACGAGGAGGCAGCAGGCCAGGGCGUUGUGGCAGGCAUCAAUGCCGGGCGAGCAGCCCAGGGACUAGAAGCCGGCGUCUCGGAGCCGUACCGCAUGUUCACGACGCGGUCCGAGUUUCGUCUGAGCGCCCGCUUCGACAAUGCGGACGCUCGCCUGACGCCGCUGGGCCGCCGCUGGGGUGUCGUCGGCGAUGUGCGCUGGGCUCGUUUUGAACGCGACCGCGACCAGGCAGCUGCUCUGCGUGGCGUCCUGCAGACGACUGUGCGCAGCGCGCCUGCGUGGCGCCGGCUCGGGUUCGCGGUGCGCGACGACUCGCGCAUGCGCGACGGGCUCGACAUGUUGCGGGUGGGUGGCGUCGACGGGAUCGAUGACCUCGUGGCUCGCGGCGGUGUCGAUGCUCUUUUGGUCGACGCCUUCUCGGCCGACAUCCGCCGUCGUGUCGCUAUCGAGGCUAUGUACGCGCCCUACGAGACGAUCCAGAGCGUCGAGCGCGCGCGUGUGGCCCGCGAUGACGCCCUGCGGCUGCCGACCGACCUCGACUACGCGGCCGUGGUAGGGCUUAGCCUCGCCGAGAAGGCUGUCCUCGCAGCCACGCGGCCAGAGUCGCUCGCACAGGCCCGCCGCGUCGAGGGCAUGACGCCUGUCGGCUGCGUCCGGCUGCUGGCGCACGUGCACCGUACGCGACAGGCCGGUGGCAGAGACAGGCCGGCGGCAGUGCUGAUUGAAGAGGACAUGGAGACGUUGGAUGCGGAGGCCCGGAUAGACUUGUAA